CCCGCAAUUAUUAAUUAAGAAAAAAAAAUAGAAAAAAACUAAAAUGAAAGGAGAAGAGAAAAAAAAGAGAGAAGGAUCUCACGUGCGGAACCAAACUAAGACCUUUGUCUGAUCAAGGAUCAUCGUCUCCAUCUCUCUUUCUCUCUCAGAAGUGGAGUAAGUAAAACGUUGGCUCUGUGGGUCUCUGCUGGUAUUGGCGUCACUCUGUUCCAGUUCAUCAGAGUUUGAUUUCUAUACAGAUGCGAUGAUCUGUUACCUCUCUUUUCCAUUUUACCCGAGAAAAAUAGCUGUUUUUUCCCGAGAAAAUUUUGAAAAAUCAAAGUCCAAAAAGCUAAAGCUAAAAGUAUAGUAUAGUAGACUCUCCAAGUCUCGGUUUUUGAGCUCUUUACUGGUUUUCGUUAUUUUUUCUCGUUUGGCUUCUUUAUCCGCCGAGGAGACUUUACCACAAAUCAUUGCCGACAAAAAAAAAGUUUGAACUUGGUUUUAAAGCUUUGAGCUUUUUUUUCUCCAGAUUUUUUCAGAAAUGGGUCUGUGUUACUCAGUAGAUAGGAGUAGGACCACGGGGAAGGAACCGGGAGAAACAAGCACCACCGCUGAAACGGUGGAUGAUAGAUUAGGCUCAGGAAGGUGGCGGCGGCCGAGAGAUUUAAAGGGCGGCGGCGGCGAAGUCGAAGGGGUUCAAGAGGUUUCGGGUCGGUUGAUCUCGAAUGGUUCGUGUGAAAUUGCAUGUCUUUAUACACAGCAGGGCAAGAAAGGAACCAAUCAAGACGCUAUGCUCGUUUUUGAGAACUUUUGUUCAAGAGACGAUACAGUGUUCUGUGGUGUAUUUGAUGGACACGGACCAUUUGGUCAUAUGGUGGCCAAGAAAGUCCGAGAUACAUUGCCCUCCACACUCUCAACUCAAUUGAAACUGACCUCAGAGCCAGAACAAAACGGCUUAGUGAACGAGAAAGGUCUACCAAUCAAUUGUACAGAGGAAGAGGAAGAAGAAGAAGAAGGGCAGAGAAGCGAGUCUGUUACUACUACUAUGGAUGAGCAGUGGUGUGAGUUGAAUCCCAACGAUGAACAACUUCCAGAGAUGUAUCUGCCUCUUAAACACGCGUUGCUCAAGUCUUGUCAGCAGAUAGAUAAAGACCUGAAAAUGCAUCCAACUAUUGAUUGUUUCUGCAGCGGAACAACUUCAGUCACUUUGAUCAAGCAGGGUGAGGACUUGGUGGUCGGAAACAUUGGUGACUCAAGGGCUGUUCUUGCCACAAGAGACCAAGACAAUUUGGUCGCUGUACAACUGACCGUAGACUUAAAACCUGAUCUGCCAAGUGAAUCAGCGAGAAUCCACAAGUGUAAAGGUAGAGUCUUUGCGUUGCAAGAUGAGCCUGAAGUAGCUCGUGUAUGGUUACCGAACAGCGACUCACCUGGUUUAGCAAUGGCUCGAGCUUUUGGCGACUUCUGUCUCAAAGACUACGGUCUUAUCUCAGUCCCUGACAUUAACUACCGUCGCCUUACACAAGGAGAUGAGUUCAUUAUUCUUGCUAGCGACGGGGUAUGGGAUGUGUUGUCAAACAAAGAAGCUGUGGACAUCGUUGCUUCAGCUCCAAGUCGAAGCACAGCAGCUCGAGCUCUAGUGGACACAGCUGUUAGAUCAUGGAGAAUCAAGUAUCCAACUUCAAAGAACGAUGACUGUACUGUAGUCUGCCUCUUUCUGCAUGAUUCAUCAGUAGCCAGCAACGUAAUAAAGGCUUCACAAAAAGAAGAAGAUCCUAUAGAGAGUGUCAAUAUCAGUAACAAGGAGGAGGAAGAGGGCGAGAUUGUCCAGGUUAAAGAGGAAAGUAUGCCUAAGAGUUGUGGGACCGAGUCGAAGAUGAUGACAAUGACACUUGCUGAAUGUAUCUCUGUUGCACAGGAUGAUGAAGAGUGGUCUGCUUUGGAAGGGUUGACAAGGGUUAAUAGUUUAUUGAGCAUUCCAAGGUUCUUGUCUGGUGAGCUUAGAUCAAGUAGUUGGAGAAAAUGGUUGUGACCUUUCUUUGUUUUUUUCCUACUUGUUUGCUUCUCUAAGUUGAAACCGAUAUAAACAUCACACAUCACCAUGUUCUUUUGUGUCAUAUGAAUGUUUUGUUUUUUUC